UUCGAUGAUGAUGAUGAGGCCCUUAACUCGAUUCCUUCCCAUUCCCACUCCAAUUCCAAAUUUAAAUUUAGUCGGAUGGAAUCGGGUGGAGAUUCUUUUUAUUUAGGUGGUCGGAGUAAUUUGUUGUUCGGCGGCGUUGGCGUUAGGUCAACUGCGAAGCCUGGUGCUGCACUUGCUGCUGCCGCUGCUGCGUCCCGAUCCAUUCCCACUCCUCAUGCUACUGCACUUCUUAAAUCCAGAAGAGAGACAAUUGGUGCUCUGCGUAAUGUUUUAGAAGACAACAACACUCCUCCACAGCAAGAAUUGACUUCAAAAACUAGUGCUGAUUCCGAUGCCUGUGCUGCUCAACCUGAGGCCUCUGCUGUCUCCAAUGAUGAUGGUUCCAAUGGUGUUGCUUCUUCUGAGAUUAGUCACAAGUCAUCAUCAUCAUCAGAAGAAGAUGUUCCAUGGGAUAAUUAUAAAUCUGCAGUGCCGGUGGAUGGGGAGGCUUUGACAGACUGUGACAGACAGGAGGAAGAACUAGCAAAACAAGCAUCUCAAGUGCACAAAUUAUGGGUUAAUGAUUCGCAACAAGUUUCCUAUAUUAAACCCCAAAUCAAAUCUCCUCUUAACCCUGAUGAAGAUGAUUUGAAGAAUGUGGAAGACAACACCACAAUCUCAAUUGGCAAUGAUUUCAAAGAUGACCACCAUGUCCCAUCAUCAUCUCCAUCAGGGAAUGAAAAUAAUGGUGUUAUUUCAGAAUUUGUUGAAGAUAUAGAAAAGGGGAUCGCUUCUUCUACUGGCGCUGAUGAUGAUGGAGGAACAAGUAUUGAGGAGGAGGAAUUGACAACUGUAAUAAUGUCGGAAACGUCUCAACUUGAGAAUGCCGUGCCUGGUUCUAGAGAUGAAGAGAGUCGUACUACUACUACUGCUAGUUCCAAAAAUAAUGUUGUGGAUCUGGUUGAGGGCGGAAUUAGUCAAUGGGAGGAGAGCAAGAGUGGUGGUACUAAAAGGACUGAAAAGAAAUCGCACCCUUCCCUUAAUCCCCUUGAAUUAGCUGAAGAACUUGAGAAGAAACAAGCCUUCAGUGGUUUGGAUCGGGAAACUGAUAUUGCUGCUCAACCAAUGAGACUUGAGGGAGUCCGGAGGGGGUCAACUGCCCUUGGAUACUUCGAUGUUGAUGCCAGCAACACUAUCACUCGGACCAUCUCAUCUCAGGCAUUCAGGCGGGAUCAGGGAUCCCCACAAGUUGUGGCCGUUCAUCUCAACUUGAUUGCUGUGGGAAUGUCAAAAGGGGUGAUUCUCGUUGUGCCCAGUAAAUACACUCCUCAUUGUGCCGACAACAUGGAUGCAAAGAUGUUGAUGCUUGGAUCACAAGGGGAUAAUUCUCAUUCCGCAGUAACAGCCAUGUGCUUCAAUCAUCAGGGAGACCUACUCUUCUCAGGAUAUGGUGAUGGACAUGUUACUGUUUGGGAUGUGCAGAAGGGAUCUGCGGUAAAAGUUGUUACUGGUAUACAUGAUGCACCUGUAGUACAUAUGUUAUAUCUGGGACAGGAUUCCCAAGGUACUCGCCAAGUUAGUCGACAGUUUAGGGUAGUUAGUGGUGAUAGUAAGGGUUUGGUUUGGUUGAUUACUUUCUCAGUGGUUCCAUGGCUCAAUAGAUUUUCCUUUAAUAAUACGUGCCUUCUUGAUGGUCGAACAACGGGCAAAGUAUUAUGUGCUUCUCCACUGCUUUCUGAUGAAUAUUGUGGAGGUGCUUUGAUGUCCUCCCAGGGGAAUGCUCCAGGUUCAAGCAAUAGUAUUGGUAGCAUGAUGGGAGGUGUGCUUGGGGGAGAUGCUGGUUGGAAACUCUUAAAUGAAAAGUCUUCUUCAGUUGAAGAAGGGGUGGUCAUAUUUGCCACUUACCAAAGUGCUCUGGUGGCAAGGGUGAGUCCUAGUGUUGUGGUCUAUGCUCAACUUUCAAAGCCUGAUGGGGUUCGGGAAGGUUCCAUGCCAUACACUGCUUGGAAAUGUAUGGGGCAGCAAAAUGGUUCUUCCACUGAAAAUGUGCCAGUGGAAGCAGCAGAAAAGGUUUCACUGCUAGCAAUUGCUUGGGAUCGUAAAGUUCAGGUUGCAAAAUUGGUCCAAUCAGAAUUGAAAAUAUAUGGGAAAUGGACACUUGAAAGCUCAGCAAUAGGUGUAGCAUGGUUGGAUGACCAGAUGUUGGUGGUUCUCACAUCAAAUGGACAACUUUGUUUGUUUGCAAAAGAUGGAACUGUGAUUCACCAGACAAGUUUUGCCAUUGAUGGAUCUAUAGGAGACGAUCUUGUUGCUUAUCAUACCCACUUUACAAAUAUCUUUGGAAACCCUGAGAAAGCUUAUCACAAAUGUAUAGCUGUAAGAGGGGCUACUAUAUAUAUACUUGGGUCAAUGCAUCUAGUUGUUUGCCGCCUUCUCCCAUGGAAAGAACGAAUACAAGUUUUGCGGAAAGCAGGCGAUUGGAUGGGUGCAUUGAACAUGGCGAUGACACUUUAUGAUGGUCAAGCCCAUGGUGUUAUUGACCUUCCUAGAACCCUGGAUGCUGUACAGGAUGCCAUUAUGCCCUACAUGGUAGAGUUGCUCUUGUCAUAUGUAGAUGAAGUAUUUUCUUAUAUAUCAGUGGCAUUCUGCAACCAAAUUGGAAAGCUGGAACCAUUGGAUGACUCAGAGAGGCGAGCUAGUUCUGUCCAUUCAGAGAUCAAAGAGCAAUUCGCCCGUGUUGGUGGUGUUGCUGUUGAAUUCUGUGUUCAUAUCAAGAGAACUGAUGUCCUCUUUGAUGAAAUUCUUUCCAAAUUUGUGGCGGUUCGACAUAGAGACACAUUUUUGGAGCUUUUGGAGCCAUAUAUAUUGAGAGACAUGCUUGGUUCCCUACCUCCUGAGAUUAUGCAAGCGCUGGUGGAGCAUUAUAGCACAAAAGGUUGGCUGCAGCGGGUUGAACAAUGUGUUCUCCAUAUGGACAUUUCUUCCUUGGAUUUCAAUCAGGUUGUCCGGUUGUGUCGGGAGCACAGAUUGUAUGGUGCACUGGUAUAUUUGUUUAAUAGAGGUUUAGAUGAUUUCAGGGCUCCUUUAGAGGAGCUCCUGAUUGUUUUACAAAAUAGCCAAAGAGAGAGUGCUGCUGCCCUUGGGUACCGGAUGCUUGUUUACCUGAAGUACUGCUUUUCUGGUCUUGCUUUUCCACCAGGACAUGGAACUCUUCCCCCUAUACGCUUGCCAUCUCUUAGGACAGAGCUUGUGCAGUUUCUAUUAGAGGCUUCAAAUGCUCCUAAAUCAUGCAUAGUCACAAGCUCCUUAUCCACAGGAGCAUACCUUAACCUGUACCAUUUCUUAGAGUUGGAUACUGAGGCUACCUUAGAUGUUUUGAGAUGUGCAUUUGUUGAAGAUGAAAUCCCAAUAUCUGACUAUUCGUUGGAUGAUUCAGCCAAUGGAAAUGUGGAGGCUGAAAAAGAAAAUGAUUCAAUGCCUGCAGGUCAAAAUGGCUUGGUCCAAAAAAUGGUAGAUGCUCUUAUUCAUGUUCUUGACAAGGGCACCUUCCAAACAGACAAGUCUACCGGCAGUGGUGAUAUUGAAUUGGUAGAAGUUUGGCCUUCAAAGAAAGACAUAGGUCAUACAUUUGAGUUUAUUGCGUACUACAUUUCCCGUAAAAAAGCUAUUGCUUCUAAUAGUACACUGACUCGGAUUCUUGAGUAUUAUACAUUUGACAUUAAUCAUCCACCAAGUGUCUCAAAGCAGAAUAUUCAGGCUUUAAGGAAACGAGAGAAGCAGAUGCUUGCCCUUUUGGAAGUAGUGCCUGAAACUGACUGGGAUGCAUCUUAUGUAUUACACCUAUGCGAAAGAUCUCAAUUUUACCAGGUUUGUGGAUUAAUUCAUGCCAUCAGACAUCAGUAUAUUUCUGCUUUGGAUAGCUACAUGAAAGAUUUCGACGAACCUAUUCAUGCCUUUUCCUUUAUCAAUGAUACAUUGGAACAGCUGAGUGACACUGAAGCUGAUUCUUUCCGUUCAGCAGUCAUUUUUCGAAUUCCAGAUCUGAUUAACUUAAGCAGAGAGGGUGCAUUCUUUCUGAUUACUACCCAUUUCAGUGGGAAAGAACAUAUUUUAUCUGAACUGCACUCUCACCCCAAAAGCCUUUUCCUUUACCUAAAGACAGUUUUUGAGGUUCACUUAUCCGGAACCCUCAACUUUUCUUGUUUAAGAAAAGACGAGACUCUGGAAUUUCCAAUUGGAAGAAGAGCAAGGGAUCAGUUAGUGGAGGCAUACUUAGAAAGGAUCUCUGAAUUCCCAAAGUUCCUGCGUAACAAUCCAGUUCAAGUGGCUGAUGAUAUGAUUGAGCUUUAUCUGGAGCUAUUAUGUCAGUAUGAACGCAAUUCAGUUCUCAAGUUCUUGGAGACCUUUGAAAGCUAUAGGGUGGAACACUGUUUACGGCUGUGCCAGGAAUAUGGGAUCAUAGAUGCCGCUGCAUUCUUAUUGGAAAGGGUUGGUGAUGUUGGGAACUCCCUUCUUCUUACCCUUUCUAGUCUCAAUGACAAAUUCAUCAUGCUUGAUACUGCUCUGGAAAGUCUAGUUUCUGAUGCUGGUAUAGAGCAUUUCAGUGCUAUAUUAAAGAAGGAAGAGGUGAAUGACAUUCUUGAAAUAUUACAUGCCUGUAUUGGAUUGUGCCAGCGAAACACCCCUAGAUUGGAUCCCGAGGAGUCAGAAUCCCUCUGGUUUUUGUUGCUUGAUUCGUUUUGUGAGCCUUUGAUGGAUUCAUUUAAUGAGAAAAUGGUUCCUCAAGGUGAAACUUACAUUGGAACACAAGCUGAACCAUUGGGUGGGCAAGAGAAUGAAGAGGCAUGCAUAAUUAAGUGGAAAAUCUCAAAAUUCCACAAAGGUGCUCAUAUUUUGAGGAAAUUGUUUUCUCAAUUCAUCAAAGAGAUUGUUGAGGGAAUGAUUGGAUACAUUCGCCUUCCCAUUAUCAUGUCAAAGCUCCUCUCUGAUAAUGGUAGCCAAGAAUUUGGUGAUUUUAAAGUUACCAUAUUGGGAAUGCUUGGGACAUACGGUUUUGAGAGAAGAAUUCUGGACACUGCCAAAUCCUUGAUUGAGGAUGAUACAUUCUAUACCAUGAGCUUACUCAAGAAGGGGGCUUCCCAUGGUUAUGCUCCCCGGAGUCUUCUAUGCUGUAUCUGCAAUUGCCUUCUCACCAAGAAUUCUUCUGGCUCUAGCAUUCGAGUUUUCAAUUGUGGUCAUGCAACACAUCUCCAGUGUGAACUUCAAGAAAAUGAGACAUCGCACACGGGCUCCUCGGCUGGAUGCCCUGUUUGUUUGCCCAAGAAGAAGGGUCAGAGAUCUAGAAGUAAGACAGCGCUUUCGGAAAAUGGAUUAGUGAGCAAGCCUCGAUCAAGACCACAACAAGCUCAUGGAACUAUUUCUCUAUACCCACAUGAAAGUGAGGCAUUUGAGAAUCCACAUGGGUAUCAACAAAUUUCAAGGUUUGAUAUCUUGACGAAUCUUCAGAAAGACCAGAGAUUGAUCCAAAUAGAAAACAUGCCUCAGUUAAGGCUCUCACCGCCAGCUGUUUAUCAUGAAAAGGUUAAGAAAGGGAUGGAUCUGCAUACGGAUGAAAGUAGCAGUGGUCUUGCAAGGUUAGAAAAACCAUAUAAAAGCAGGCAACUUAGAGACCUAAAAGUGAAGGGGUCAUCUAUUAGAUUACCUUUGAAAUCAAACAUUUUUGGCAAGGAGAGGUCAAGUAAGCGGUGAAACAAUUAUCGUAUAUUAUACAUCAACAUCAUUGAGGAUGAGAUUUUUAUCGAGGCAAUCUACCGGCAGAUGAAUGGUUUGGAUCAAAAUAAAUCGUCCGAAGAGUGGGAAGUAGCCAUUUUAACCUUUAUAUUUUGUUGUCAUCAUCAUGUUUGUUUUCGUGGUGUCCAGGCUUGUAAAUUGUUGUACGUAACAUAGGAAAAAAAAAAAAAGUUUUCACAACGAAUACUGUAUAGAAAAACAAUCAAUCAAUCAAUGGAGGGAAUAUUUUAGAUUUUGCUCGAGA